AUGCAGCUCGGACGUCGGGGCGCGCUCCUGCUAUGCGCAAUGACUGCGAUGGGCGAGGACGGCCCCGCACGGGUGCGGGACGAUCUGAUAGCUGCGAAAGCGGAGGCGAUGCAGCUGAGGCUCGUGGAGGUGGAGCAGCAGCUCGAGACGGCGCAGCAGGUCGCGGGCCUUUUCGUACUCGAGGACGCACAGCUGGAGUUGGUCGUGCUCGAGACACAAGCGACGGUGCAAGUGGCUCGAGAUGAGGUGCAGCAGCUGAUCGACGAUGCAAUGGAAGAGGUCGAGAGGCUGCAGCAGAUGGCGGUGGAGAACGUGACGAGGUGGCAGAAGACGCUGCAGGAGUUGAAACACGCGACGCGGAAGAAUUACGAGAUGUUACAAGAGAUCGAGAGUGAGCGCGCGGAAGUUGCGCGAUUGGAGACAGCAGUGAGGGCUCAAACGACGCAGAAGGAGAAGAGCGAUGAGGAAGCGGUGAGUGGUACGGUACAGGAACCAGAGCGGCAGCAGGAACAGGAAAUGGAAAGACAACUGGAUACUUCCAGCAAUGAACCAGCCAGAGAACAGGGCAUGGAGCGGAAGACGCCGGAACCGUUUGACAAAGAGUUGGAACAUCGUCGAAACUCCGAAGCAAUCCGCGAGUUGGACGCUCGAUAUUCGGAAGGCGCAGGACAUAGAUCGGGCGUGUUGGGGUUUCUGGGUCGGUAUGCUUCCGCGGAACGAUAUGUGAUAAAAGCAGUCGUAACGUUGUAUCGGCAAUUGGUGCUUCCGGUGGCGGUCAUCAUAGGCUUCUUUUUCGUCUUGACAAUGGUCAUUGGGAGAUACAAAGUGAUGCAGCAUACGCGACGCAAUCAACGAGUCAUGUACUCGGGAUACCCGAAAGGUGUCCGCACAAAGCCAAAGCAACAAAGCGAGUCUGAUUUGGAUGAUGCAGCUGAUCGACCACUCCUGCACCGCUAG